AAGAAUCAAUGGGAAACAUGCGCUGGGUAAAAAUGGAGCAGAAAACUUUGUCUUAAGGUCAAAUUACAUCAUGAUGAUUAAGUAUUUGACGUAUUCCUCAAACUAAACCUAUUUCUCGGAAAAUAUCUGAAAUAUGCGCAAUGUAGAGAAAUAUUGGAUUUCCUUCAGUCGUUGACCAGACCCUUCAGAGAUUGCAACUUGGAUAAUACACGAAAGGUGGAAGUUAAUAUAUGAUGUGACACCAUUAGUAAGAGUUCGACAGAGCGAGUCAAUAUGGAUAAAUUCCAUUUUCUUGUACAAUUGAGAAAAUUCGUCAGUGACAAAGUUGAUAGUAUGAAAACGGAUAUGGCUGUGAACCAUGAUCCUGCAACCCCAACUAUAUCACCUUUCAGCAAAAUGAAAAAAUUCUACACCAAGUAUUUCCCAGCUGAACCCGAAACUUUCGGAGCUCGUUUCUCAAUUUUAGCACUGAUCAUCUCUAUGUUCGCCCUACAAAUACUUUUCUUCUUCAUCAUUUGGUUCAACGAUGGAAUGAUUUUCAUGCAUACUUUCUAUGUGAUUAUUGCUUCAGUCCAUUAUGGACUUUAUUACGGACUAUCAACAGGCAAACUGAGACUGAUAACACCAUGGUUAGUUUGGAAAAUGACUGAAAUAAUAUUCACUAUUGCACUCAUCUUCAAAGGAACUCUGUCCCACAGUAGAUAUUCAAUCCCCAACACUAUCCUAGCAUUUUUGAUAGUAGUGACUGAUGUCCUUAUGAUGUUUGUUUUAUUCAAAAAUCAAGUUCAGGCUUCAGAUGUGAGAAAUUUCGAAGGUGACAGUGAUUCUAAAAAGACGACACCAGAAGCUUGAAAAAUUCCUUGUUGAGAAUCAUUGAUACGAUAUUUUUAAUGAUAUAGUUUAAAAUGACGAUUUUGCUAAUUUAAUUAUCAUAUCUUUGAGGAAACUUCCUAUGAAAUUAGGGACGAAAAGUUGGUAUUUAAAAUGUAUUUUUUUUUAUUUGUUGUUAAUGUAUUCUUAAUGAUUAUUUGUUAUAUAUUACACAUAAAAAAAAUUUCCAUAUUUCAUUGGAACAAAAUCGAAUAAGAAGAGAAGUAAAUAACUUGAAUAAAUGUAUAAGGUAAAUAACAAAUAAGUAAUUAUAAGAACAAUAUGAUUAUAGAAUAUUUGUUUAAUUUUUUUUUUUCAAUUUGGUUAUCAAAUCAAUACAUAAUAUAGUAACACUUUAUUAAUGUUCCAACUUUCAAGAUAUAAGUAUUCUGAUAACGAUAAUUUCAUGAUAAGUACCUACCUACUUAUUUUAGGUAUUAAUAGAGAAGGAGGUGAAUUUCUCAGUUUUUGUCUGUGAUUAAGGAUUUAUACCUUUUUACUAGUAUUAGAAUUAUAGAAUCUUUGUCUUCGUUUAUGAUGUUCUGUUUCAUCUGAUGAAAUCCUCUAUGUUGAAAUAUGGUUACCUAUAUUCUAUUGAAUCAAAAUGAUUUUGUUAUAAAAAUUUAAAUGGAGAAUAUUUCAUGUUAUUACUUAUCAGAAAAUGAAAAAACAUGUUUGUACUCUAGUAAAAUCAAGAUGAUUCUUUAUUAUCACUUUAAUUAGAAAAUAUAUCAUGAUAUAAUUAAUUUAAUAAAUAAAUAAAUUAAAAUUCGA